AUGUCAAACCGGUUCGUAUCAGGCGGGACAAUAAACACUUGUUCCGACCCUGAAGCAAAGGAAGCCGUGCCCCGUGCACAGUUAGCCAAGAGCACAGAAUGGGAAGCCGUGCAGCAGGAACUGGAGAACGACCGAAAGAGCAGAGAGGAGCAGAGGCUGAAGGCUGCAGCGGGGGAAGAGAGAAGCCUAUACGACGUGUUGCAAGCCAACAAAGCUGCCAAACAGGCUGCUUUCGAGGAACAGAACAAGAUUCGGAACCAGUUUCGGGCUCUGGAUGACGACGAGAUUGAGUUUCUGGACGAGGUUGUCGCCGCGAAGAGGAAGGAGGAGGAGAGGGUGAGGCGGGAGACGGAGGACGGGGUGAGGGCGUAUCGGGACCUGCAGAGGCGGAGUAGCGGCGGGGAGGCGGUGGGCGAGGGGCACGACGAGGGGGACGAUUGGGGUGUUGGGAGGAAGAGGAAGAGGAAGAGGAGGGACAGGGAGAAGGCGGUGGUGAAGAGGAAGGCGGACGGGGGACAGAGGCCGGCCGAGAGUCCGAGUCGGGACGUGAAGCCUGCUGGUGGGAAUGUAGAGACGGACAAGAAGACGCCGGUUGAGGGGCCGGCGAAGAAGGGCGCACUGGUGGACUACGGCUCAGACAGCGAUGAAUAG